GAAAAAGAAGUUGACCCGGAAUAUGAAGAGAAGAUGAAAGCAGAUCGAGCAAAAAGGUUCGAAUUCCUCCUGAAGCAGACAGAACUUUUUGCACAUUUUAUUCAGCCUGCAGCACAAAAAUCACCAACAUCUCCAUUGAAAGUCAAGCUGGGACGGCCACGGGUGAAGAAGGAUGAAAAACAGAGUUUGAUUUCAGCUGGGGAUUACCGUCACAGGCGCACAGAACAAGAAGAAGACGAAGAGCUGUUGUCAGAGAGUCGAAAAACAUCUAAUGUGUGUAUUCGAUUUGAGGAGUCUCCUUCAUAUGUGAAAGGAGGAACACUAAGAGAUUAUCAGGUUAGAGGUUUGAACUGGAUGAUCUCAUUGUAUGAAAAUGGUGUUAAUGGCAUUCUGGCAGAUGAAAUGGGUCUUGGUAAGACUCUCCAGACGAUAGCAUUAUUAGGCUAUCUGAAGCAUUACCGAAACAUUCCUGGGCCACACAUGGUCCUGGUUCCAAAAUCAACUUUGCACAAUUGGAUGAAUGAAUUCAAGCGCUGGGUUCCAUCACUGCGUGCUGUUUGCCUUAUUGGAGAUAAAGAUGCCAGAGCUGCUUUUAUCCGUGAUGUUAUGAUGCCUGGUGAAUGGGAUGUUUGUGUUACAUCAUAUGAAAUGGUAAUUAAAGAGAAAUCAGUCUUCAAAAAAUUUAACUGGAGGUACCUGGUAAUUGAUGAAGCCCACAGAAUAAAGAAUGAGAAGUCAAAGCUGUCAGAGAUUGUACGUGAGUUUAAGACAACAAAUCGAUUGCUGCUUACAGGAACUCCUUUACAAAAUAACCUCCAUGAGCUGUGGGCAUUACUCAAUUUUCUUUUACCUGAUGUCUUCAAUUCUGCAGAUGAUUUCGACUCAUGGUUUGACACUAAAAACUGUCUCGGGGAUCAGAAACUUGUAGAAAGACUUCAUGCUGUUUUGAAGCCAUUUUUAUUGCGCCGCAUAAAAGCUGAAGUAGAAAAAAGUUUGCCUCCAAAGAAGGAAGUAAAAAUUUAUCUUGGGCUCAGCAAAAUGCAGAGGGAAUGGUAUACAAGGAUCCUGAUGAAAGAUAUUGAUAUCCUGAAUUCAGCUGGGAAAAUGGAUAAGAUGCGUCUGCUGAAUAUUCUGAUGCAGCUGCGAAAAUGCUGUAACCAUCCUUACCUAUUUGAUGGUGCUGAGCCGGGUCCUCCUUACACCACUGACACACAUCUCAUCACUAACAGUGGGAAAAUGUUAGUUCUGGAUAAACUGCUAGCAAAACUCAGAGAGCAAGGUUCCAGAGUUCUGCUUUUCAGUCAGAUGACUCGCUUACUGGAUAUUUUGGAAGACUAUUGCAUGUGGCGUGGAUAUGAGUACUGCCGACUUGAUGGACAGACACCACAUGAAGAAAGAGAGGUGACAAUAGACACGUUUAAUGCUCCUAACAGCAGUAAAUUCAUUUUCAUGCUGAGUACCAGAGCUGGAGGUCUUGGAAUUAAUUUGGCAACUGCUGAUGUGGUUAUUCUCUAUGAUUCAGAUUGGAACCCUCAAGUAGAUCUGCAGGCCAUGGAUCGUGCGCAUCGUAUUGGUCAAAAGAAACCAGUACGGGUGUUUCGACUUAUCACUGAUAAUACUGUUGAAGAGAGGAUUGUAGAAAGAGCUGAAAUAAAACUGAGGCUGGACUCUAUAGUUAUACAACAAGGAAGGCUCAUCGACCAACAGUCUAACAAACUGGCAAAAGAUGAAAUGCUGCAGAUGAUCCGACAUGGAGCCACGCAUGUCUUUGCUUCCAAAGAUAGUGAGCUGACAGAAGAAGAUAUAACCACUAUUUUAGAAAGAGGUGAAAAGAAGACAGCUGAAAUGAAUGAACGAUUGCAGAAGAUGGGGGAGAGCUCCUUACGAAACUUCACUAUGGACACAGAGAUGAGCUUAUACAACUUUGAAGGUGAAGAUUAUAGAGAAAAACAAAAGCUGAGCAUGAUGGAAUGGAUAGAGCCUCCCAAACGAGAACGCAAAGCUAAUUACGCAGUUGAUGCUUAUUUCAGAGAAGCCCUACGGGUUAGUGAACCAAAAGUCCCAAAGGCUCCCCGACCUCCAAAACAACCAAAUAUUCAGGAUUUCCAGUUCUUCCCACCACGGUUAUUUGAACUUCUGGAAAAAGAAAUUCUGUAUUAUCGUAAGACUAUAGGAUAUAAGGUCCCCAGGAAUCCUGACCUGCCAAAUGCAGCUCAAGUACAAAAAGAGGAACAGAAGAAGAUAGAUGAGUCUAUGCCUCUGAAUACUGAGGAAACUGAAGAGAAAGAAAAGCUUUUAACACAGGGUUUUACAAACUGGAAUAAAAGAGAUUUUAACCAGUUUAUUAAAGCUAAUGAGAAAUAUGGUCGUGACGAUAUAGACAAUAUUGCCCGUGAAGUGGAGGGGAAAUCACCUGAGGAGGUCAUUGAGUAUUCAGCUGUUUUUUGGGAACGUUGUAAUGAACUCCAGGACAUUGAGAGGAUUAUGGCUCAAAUUGAACGAGGCGAGGCAAGAAUUCAGCGGAGGAUCAGUAUCAAGAAAGCCCUCGAUGCCAAAAUUGCAAGGUAUAAAGCACCUUUUCAUCAGUUGCGUAUUCAGUAUGGAACAAACAAAGGGAAAAAUUACACAGAAGAGGAAGACAGAUUUUUGAUAUGCAUGUUACACAAGAUGGGCUUUGACAAAGAAAAUGUGUAUGAGGAACUAAGGCAGUGUGUGCGCAAUGCUCCUCAGUUCAGAUUUGACUGGUUUAUCAAAUCUAGAACUGCAAUGGAGUUUCAGAGACGCUGCAAUACUCUUAUAUCUUUAAUAGAAAAAGAAAAUAUGGAAAUCGAGGAAAAAGAAAGAGCUGAAAAGAAGAAAAGAGGAGCAAAAGUUACAGCAUCACAGAAGAGAAAAGCAGAUUUGGCUACGGAGAACUCUGGAAAAAAAGAUGCGAAGAAAGUGAAGUCAUGAACCUGAAAACUGAAUGCAAAAUGUAAAACUGCCGCAUAGUUCUCGCUGUCUACAAGUAUUAAUUGCCAACUUCUUUGUAUUCAUGGUACUCUUCCCCCAGAUCCCUUGGUUUAAUUUUGCAAAUUUUGUAUACUUAACAGUGUCUUUCUUUCCCUGAAAUGUGUAGCUUUAUAUCUUAGGCAUUCCAGUAUUUUUGUGUACUGUAUUUUGUGAGUUUUAUGUCUCUGGCAAAAUUCACUCAGUCCUUGGUUUUUUUUGAAGCUUGUGCUGAGGUUUUAGCUUUUAUAUGUUUUAUAUGCUGCUGCUUUGAAGGAAAACCUAGAUUCUGUAGCUGUAUUAUUGUCAUUUCAUAUUCUAAAUUUAUAUGGCUGUUGGAAAAUAAACUGACUUAAUUAUUUGAA